CAGUGUUUCCGCUGCAGCAGAGACGUCGGUCACGUCAAAAAAAAAGAAAAUGAAAAUGUGGAGAGUCCAGACGAACUGAGGCCGGAGACUCUCCGUCGAACUACGAACGUCUCCUCCGAGCAGCUCGGUGUCUGGACGGGUGUUACUAUCCGGAGCUCAUACCAGAACACCGGAAAGUUUCGGGGACGUUUGGAGGUGAACUCGCCCGCCUGGUUUCGCGGUGGUUUGAGGAAGCAGCCGCUCGGCUAACCGCUGAACUAGCUCCCCGCUAGAGAUGGGCACCAGAGCCAGCCGCCUCCAGGAAGACCCGGCUCCCUCUGCCUUCGGGAAAGAUGGCACCAAGCGGGAUUCCUACCGGAGACCCCGCCUCGCCAGACCCACCAGCCUCAUGGUCGACUUCUCCGGAAGCUUCGAGGACACGGAGGCCAACCGGAGCCGAUCGGAGGAGGGCAGCGACUCGGACCUGGGGCAGCACGGGGCGAGCGCCGACGGCAGCCCCGCCGACCACCACAGCAUCCCGUCCUCCGGCGUCAGCCAGGCGUCACCUGCGGACGACAACAGCGAGGGGAAACCCGAGGAGGACGGGAACACAAGCCCGGAGGCUCCCGUCGACGCGGAGCAUCAGCCCGGGGAGGAGACAGGCCGCACGCCCCACCGCACUUUUUCCGAGCGGCUGCCCGGGAAUCGGCACUCUUCGAGCCGCAGCGUUGGCGCAAGAUCCGCCCGGGUCCGGGGCACACACCAGCGGCCGGUGUCAGAGGCAUGGAUCGGCCUUUACCGUGUCAACAACCGACAUGGCAAUAUCCGUUGUCCUUUCUGCUCGAAGCCUUUCCCCGGGGGUCGGAUCGAGGAUCACCUGUUGAGCUGCCUCACGUCUCCUCCCCUACCUUACAAUACGGAUGUGCUAAGUAAAGACAGUGGAGAGUGCUCCAUCUGUUUGGAGGAUCUGGUACAGGGAGAGACCAUCGCCAGGCUGGCUUGCCUCUGCGUCUACCAUAAGAGCUGCAUUGAUUCCUGGUCCAAAGUGAAGCCCUGCUGCCCCGAGCAUCCCUUCGAUUGACUCCCGGGUCACAUGUUCCUGCACAGUGACCAACCCGACUCAGGAGACUACACUGAAUCCUAAUUAAAUCCCAAUAAAGAUGUGUAAUUGAAUACUAAAAGCCCCCAGUCCCUCUCAGACACAAACCCAUAUUUGAGUGGAAAACAGAAGAUCACAGCAGGAAGCUACAGUGCGUCACACACGAUGCUCUCCAUUCGGAUCAGUCCAUUUGAACUUGGUCUAGACCAUUUCAAGCCAAACUCCAACAACAAAAAAGAAAAACAGCUGCACUGUCUAACCUGUGGACCCUUGUUGAAACAGAAGUGGAGGGGUUCCUUUUUUAUUUCACGGACUCGGCUUGACUCUUACUUUAAAAAAAAAAACUAAAAAACAUCAACUCCAUGAUAUCCCAC